AUGCAGCAAAUGCCAUGGCCCCAAGCCUCCCCCCUUCUUUCUUUCCUUCUUCAUCCCCAAGGUUUACGUGCCCAGUAUGAUGCCAUACGCCCCGCUCCCGCCGCAUCCCCAGGAGCCCCCGAGCGCGCCCGUGACCCGGCCCGGCCCUGGAGACCCUUCCUGGGGCUGGAAGAUGCUCAGCCGGCUCCUCCUGGCCUCAAGGAAGACCAAGACCUGGACUCCCAAGUCUCCUCGUCAGGGUUGGAGACCAUCCUGAGACCCGACGAGCCCGAGUCCCACUCGUACUUCCAGAUCAUCUCCAUCACCAAAGUGACUCUCCCAGACGGGGCGGUGGAGGAGCGCCGGACCGUGCAGGACAGCCAGGGCCACCGGGAGACGACGGUGACCCGCCGGAGGGGGGACCAGGCCUUCAUCACCACCACCAAGGAGGACGGGCAGAGCAAGGACUACCGGGAGGAAGUGGUCAACAUGGAUGACCGGGAGCUGGCGCAGUUCACGGGCACGUGGCCACAGCAAGACGAGCUCCGCGCUCCCAACCUAAGCGACCCCUCAUCCGUGCUGGGCAGUUUCUUCCGACGCUGGUUCUCAGGCUGGUAGCUGUGCCCCACCCCUGGCUGAGCACCCCAUGGGUCAGAUCCUGCUGGGAGCUGGCGCCUGGGCUGGGGGCUGCUCACCUUCUGGGACGCUGCGGAGCUGCGGGGGCCCCCACGGGGGGCAAGUGUGUGUGCGUGUGCAUGUGUA